AUGGGUCUUCCCAUCCAACACCAUGACAAAGACCAGCCUUGCAAGGUCUCGGUUGACAACGGCAACAUGGACAAUGAUCUUGCCCAUGAAGCAGCCACUGCCGCCGAACAAGAGCAGAAUAUGGGGCUUUUGAAGUCUCUGAAACUGUACAGGAAAGCAUGUCUGUGGUCCAUCUUCUUGUCUACCUGUAUUGUCAUGGAGGGAUUCGAUACCGUCUUGCUCAACACGUUAUUCGCCUAUCCCCCCUUCCAGGAGAAAUUCGGAGAAGAACAGCCUGAUGGCACAUACCAACUCACGGCGGCUUGGCAAGCGGGCCUGAGCAAUGGCACGCUCGUCGGCCAAAUCUUUGGUCUAUUCGUCAACGGCAUCAUUGCCGACAGAUUCGGAUACCGCAAGACGCUCAUCGGUGCUCUGGUCGGCUGCGCCGGCUGCCUUUUCAUUGUCUUCUUCGCGGAAAGCCUCACGCAACUGCUCAUCGGACAGAUUCUCAUCGGCGUCCCAUGGGGCGUCUUUCAGACACUGACGACAACAUACGCCUCCGAGGUGUGCCCUACGCACCUGCGCGCCUACCUUACAACGUACGUCAACCUCUGCUGGGUCAUUGGCCAGUUCAUCGCCUCUGGCGUCCUGCGAGGAAUGAUUUCCCGGGACGACAAAUGGGGCUACAAGAUCCCCUUUGCUCUGCAGUGGAUGUGGCCAAUCCCUCUCAUCAUCGGCAUCUAUCUUGCCCCCGAAUCUCCCUGGUGGCUUGUUCGGCGCAAUCGUAUCGACGACGCCAAGAAGUCUCUGGCGCGGUUGACAGCACGCAACAGCGGCGUUGGUUUUCAGCCCGACGAGACCAUCUCGAUGAUGAUUCACACCAACGAGAUGGAAAAGGAGCUCACAGCCGGCAUCUCCUAUGCCGACCUCGUCCGGGGCAAGGUGAACCGCCGCCGAACGGAGAUCGUCUGCGUGACGUGGAUGAUCCAGACGCUUUGCGGAUCCACCUUCAUGGGCUACUCGACUUACUUCUACCAACAGGCUGGCAUGGCAGUGGCAAACUCGUUCAGCAUGUCUCUGGGCCAGUAUGCACUCGGUGCCGUUGGGACCGUCUGUUCGUGGUUCCUCAUGGGCCGAUGGGGCCGACGAACCCUGUACUUGAGCGGCCAAAUCAUCAUGUGCAUCCUGCUGCUGGCCAUUGGCUGCACCGCGUUUGCCGGCAAAGAGAAUCCGGCCGCGCAGUGGGCGAUUGGCUCCAUGCUCCUUGUCUACACCUUUACGUACGACGCCACCGUCGGGCCCGUCUGCUACUCUCUCGUCGCCGAGCUGACCUCGACGCGUCUCCGGACCAAGUCUGUCGUCCUCGCCCGAAACUGCUACAACAUUGCUGGCAUCGUGACCAACAUCAUGACGCCUCGGAUGCUGAAUCCCUCGGCCUGGAACUGGGGUGCCAAGGCGGGCUUCUUCUGGACUGUCACCUGCCUCGCAUGCGCCAUCUGGACCUACUUCCGCCUCCCGGAGCCCAAGGGUCGCACCUACGGCGAGCUCGACGUCUUAUUCGAGAAUGGCAUCAGCGCCCGCGAAUUCAGCUCUACCCCAGUCGACAGACUCGGUGUGCGACGCGAGGGCACCUCGGAAAAGGACACCGUGUCAGAGGUCAUGGUUGAGAGGGUCCGUAGCCAUCGGUCCUGA